GCAAGCAGCGAAAGGAUCUCCCCAAUUGAUUGGCUCCCGCCGAGCAAAGUUUCUGUAGGGUUUAAGAUUUUCUGUCUUUCUCAACAAGUGCCCCCAUUUUAAGGGUUUUUGUUUACACGCUCCACCAUCUUCGGGGAACCCCGCGUCGUCCCACCAUGAACUUCAGGUUCCAAAACCUCUUGGGGGCACCGUACCGAGGCGGCAACGCCGUCGUCACCUCCAAUACCCUCCUCAUCUCCCCCGUCGGCAACCGUAUCUCCGUCACUGAUCUCUUUUCCUCCCAAACCUUCACCCUUCCCUGCCAGUCAUCCUCCAACAUUUCCCGCAUCGCCGUCUCCACCGACGGCGUCUUCCUCCUCGUAGUCGACGAUAACUCUCGCGCCCUCUUCGUCAACCUACGCCGCCGCGUGGUUCUCCACCGCAUCACCUUCAAGUUCCCUGUGCACGCCGUCAAAUUCAGCCCUGAUGGCGCUCUCAUCGCCGUCGCCACUGGUAAAUUGGUCCAAAUUUGGCGAUCUCCAGGAUUCAAAAGGGAGUUUUUCCCGUUUGAGUUGAUUAGAACUUUUGCUGACUUUGAUGCAACGGCCACGGCAUUAGAGUGGAGUCCCGACUCCAAUUAUCUGCUUGUUGGCUCGAAAGAUUUGACUGCAAGGUUAUUUUGCGUGAAGAAAUCGAGUGGGGUUUACAAUAGGCCCUUCUUGUUUUUUGGUCAUAGGGAUUCCGUUGUGGGUUGUUUUUUUGGCACCGACAAGAAGACGAACAGGAUCAGUAGGGUUUAUACGGUUGCGCGAGAUUGCUUUAUCUUUAGCUGGGGAUAUAGUGGGAAUGACAUUGAUGGUAAAUCUGGUGAAUUGGCUGAGGAAAAUUCGGAGCCACCUUCUCCAGGUACACCAGAGCAGAGAACAGAUGAGGAUGGUGAACAAAAUUUGGCGAUGAGUAUCGAUGAUAACGUGAAAAAGAGGAAGAAUAUGGAUGGAAAAGAAGGGUUGGAUGAAUGUGAGGAUUAUUUGCAUAAGGGAAAGUGGGAAUUGUUAAGGAAGGACAAUUUUAUGCAGGCCCCGGCUAAGUUGACUGCAUGCGAUUAUCAUCAGGGGCUUGAUCUGGUGGUUGUCGGGUUCUCCAAUGGUGUAUUUGGAUUGUAUCAGAUGCCUGAUUUUGUGUGCAUUCAGUUGUUGUCAGUAUCAAGAGAGAAGAUAACAACUGCAGUUUUUAAUGAGCUUGGGAAUUGGUUAACGUUUGGGUGUGCAAAACUUGGGCAACUCCUUGUGUGGGAGUGGCGUUCAGAGAGUUAUAUACUGAAACAGCAGGGUCAUUACUUUGAUGUGAACUGUCUUGCGUAUUCACCUGAUUCACAAAUGUUGGCUACUGGGGCAGAUGAUAACAAAAUUAAGGUUUGGACUGUUUCAUCAGGAUUUUGCUUUGUCACAUUUUCGGAGCACACUAAUGCUGUCACUGCACUCCAUUUUAUGGCCAAUAACCAUUGUCUACUUAGUGCGUCACUGGAUGGAACUGUUCGUGCAUGGGACUUAUUCCGUUAUCGUAAUUUUAGGACAUUUACCACCCCUUCUUCAAGGCAAUUUGUUUCUUUGGCAUCAGAUCAGAGUGGAGAAGUCAUCUGUGCUGGAACUCUAGAUUCAUUUGAGAUUUUUGUUUGGUCAAUGAAGACGGGCCGCUUGUUGGACAUUCUUAGUGGUCAUGAAGGACCAGUUCAUGGGUUGAUGUUUUCUCCCAUAAACGCAGCUUUAGCAUCAUCAUCAUGGGACAGAACUGUUCGCUUAUGGGAUGUUUUUGAAGGAAAGGGUGCUGUUGAAACGUUUCCCCACACGCAUGAUGUUCUUACAGUGGUAUAUCGUCCAGAUGGGAAGCAAUUAGCUUGCAGCACAUUAGAUGGACAGAUCCAUUUCUGGGAUCCAAUUGAUGGAUUGUUAAUGUACACAAUUGAAGGCCGUAGGGACAUUGCUGGAGGGCGUCUCAUGACUGAUCGUAGAUCAGCAGCAAACUCAAGUUUAGGAAAGUACUUCACAUCUUUGUGCUACUCUGCUGAUGGAAGUUACAUAUUAGCUGGGGGAAGCAGCAAAUACAUUUGUAUGUAUGAUGUGGCUGAUCAGGUUUUGCUCCGUAGAUUUCAAGUAACCCAAAAUCUCUCCUUGGAUGGAGUUCUUGAUUUCCUGAACUCAAAAAAUAUGACAGAAGCUGGCCCCCUUGAUUUAAUAGAUGAUGAUAAUAGUGACACAGAGGAAGGUGUUGAUAAACAAAUCCGCCGGAGAUUAGGAUAUGAUUUACCAGGAUCCUUGCCUAACAAUGGAAGGCCUGUUAUUCGAACAAAAUGCUUGAGAAUUGCACCAACUGGCCGGAGUUGGGCAGCAGCUACAACAGAGGGAGUUUUAGUUUAUUCAAUAGAUGAAUCUUUCAUCUUUGAUCCCACUGAUCUUGACAUAGAUGUUACACCAGAGGCAGUGGAUGCGGCACUCAUUGAAGAUCAACCCAGCAGGGCACUAAUCCUUAGCCUCCGUUUAAAUGAAGAUUCUCUAAUUAAGAAAUGUAUUUUUGCUGUUAGUCCCGUAGAUAUACCUGUGAUUGCUUCUUCAGUCCCCUUCAGAUAUUUGCAGAGGUUGAUCGAGGCUUUUGCAGAUCUUUUAGAAAGUUGCCCCCACUUGGAAUUCAUUCUGAGAUGGUGUCAGGAGCUUUGCAAAGUUCAUGGUCUCUCUAUUCAGCAAAAUUCCAGAAGCCUGCUUCCUGCCCUGAAAUCCUUGCAGAAGGCAAUUACCAGAUUGCAUCAGGAUCUGGCAGAUACUUGUUCUGCCAAUGAAUAUUUGCUCCGAUAUCUAUGCUCUGCAGGAACAAAGAAGUAGUAGCAUCACUUCAAUUGAUUACAUUUUUGGCCACGGCAUUGGCAUGGGUGCUUGCAUUUGCGAGUGAUAUAAGUUUUGGCUGGCGAUGUUGAACCCUGCAUUGUGUUAUGGAGUCAAUGCGUUGGGGAGAAAUCGCCAUGCAAGAAUUAAUGCACGCCAUGAGGACUCUGCUUGUGCAUUGCACGUUGUUAAGAGCAUGGGAUUUGGCGUCGGUGCUGAAAAUCUGCUGGCCUAGCGCAUGGCUUCCCAAAAAUAUAGAAAAUUUUGUACCGGAUGCAAGUUAUUCAAUUACUGCUAAUGACAGUUUUGUGUAACGAGAUGCCAUUUCCCCCUCCCCUUGUUUAAUGUGGCAAUGAGUUAAGAGUUAAAAGUUGCUUUU